AUGCUGCAGCAGAUUCUUACUGACAUGUACAUUGAGCCAGAGCUUCUGGCUGAGCUAAAUGAUGAGCAGAAGCAGAUCCUCUUUUUUAAAAUGAGAGAAGAGCAGGUCCGGAGGUGGAAAGAGAGAGAGGCACGGCUCGAGCAGCAAGAGACUGCGAGGAUUAAGCCCAAAAAAGUCUCAAGUAAGACUGUGUCAUGGCUAAAGGCAUCAGACUGCGAUAUGUGGGUGUGGGUGAUGGGUGAGCACACUGAUGAUAAGCCCUACGACCAGAUUUGUGAUGAGAUCAUGGCCGAGAGAGCAGCCCUGCAAGCCCAGAAAGAAGCAGAGGUGCUCAGAGCUCAAAAGGAAGCUGAACUGGAAAGGCGCUUCUCUGGUUUGCAUAUAGGACAGGAGGAGGCUGCCAGGAAGGAAGAAGCUGAAAAGGCAGUGGCCCUGGAGAGAAGCAGACAGGAAGAGUUAAAGAGGCAAGAGGAGGAGGAAAGAAAAAAAGCUGAGGAGGAGGUUAGGAGGCUCAAGGAGGAAAGAGCUCAGCAGAUUUAUAUGAACCUGAAGGAAGUCCAGCAUGAAGGAAAAGGCCAAGACAAUGAGGAAAAAGCCUGGCAGGACUCAUUGAAGAAAUCCAAAGCAGCAGACCAGCGCAGGCGUUCUCUGGCCAAACAGACAAUAGAGGAUCACCGUAGGCGUUCUGUAAAGGCGCUGGAGAGAGGCAAAGUGGCGGCCGUGGCCAAGGCUUUCAGAGAAGAUGAACCUGCUCUUAAACCCAUACCCAAGCCUAGAACCGUAACUCUUACUAAUGAGCCCAUUCAACGAGACCGGAAGAAAGCCAUGCGCCGGUCAUUGUCGUCCUCAAGCAAAAAGGAAAUAAUCCGUUGGUUCGUAGAGAAACAGUUACCACUCCGAGUUUGUUUCCAGGAAGACGGCUGCAUUGCACCUUGGUUCCAUGGUAUCAUUUCUCGUCAGGAAGCUGAGGAUUUACUCAGCGAGAGCAGCAUGGGAAGUUUCCUGGUUCGUGUUAGUGAAAAAAUAUUCGGGUACGUCCUUUCUUACCGAGGCCCGGACGAAUUUAAACACCUCCUCAUUGAUGCCACAGACAACUGCUACAUGCUGCUAGGAGACCAGAUCAAAUUUACAUCUCUGGGGGAGCUGGUGGAGUACCAUAAGGAAGAGCCCUUAACUCCAUCUGGAGGUGAACUGCUGGCACAUCCAUGCGGGCAAAAGCCUGGCACAGUGGACUAUGCUGAUCUCUUCACCUGAACCCUGACGGAUGGAG